AUGUCAACCGAAGUUGAAGUGGUUUCCUCCUCUUCAAAAAUUAUUUGGAAAAUUGAAAACAUUUCAGAUUUGAACAGCGUAAUAAAAUUGGACUCUGAGGUUUUCUCUGUUGGUGAUUUUAAAUGGAAAGUACAGAUUUUUCCAAAGGGAUAUGGGAAAGUAUACAAUUGCUUAUCACUGUUCCUAGUCCCUGUCGACUUGACCAAAUCAGUGAAUGCACAGUUCAGUUUUGCAAUCAGUAGUCAAUCCGGCAACAUCAGUCAAAGAGUUAGAAAAGAAGUGACAUAUGAAUUCCCUGAAAGAAAUAGUACUAGCUAUGGUUGGCCAAGGUUCAUUCUUCUUAGUGAACUCCAUGACCCGGAUAAUGGACAUAUCAUUAAUGAUACCUUUGUCAUUAGAAUUGAGGUUUCUUGUAGGAUGAAGGAGGACUCAAUUUGUGAUAAUUUUAAAGAGAGUGAUUCAGACAAGGUUCCAGUGUCAGAAGCUAAGAAGAAACAAAGCAGUACACUAUUAGAAGAGUGUCCAAGUGCUGGAAAGCCCUUUGGUGAAGGACAGUAUAGCUGUAAAGUUGGUUUUGGUGAUGACAAAGAAUUUGAAGAUGUUGGGGGCUUCAGUAUUUUGAAAACACAAGUGCCUCUAUACAGGCAGAUAUGGUUGAAAUAUGGUCAUAUCGCUACAAACAAAGUUAUGCCAAUCUCGGCAUAUGCUCUCCUAGUAAUGGCGGUCAGAGACUUGAUGAAUUCCAUAAUAGAUAUGCAUCAGUGCCGUUACGUAGAAUUAUCUUCUGGAAUGAUUGAGGGGUGGGAGGAGAUGGUUAUGAUGGCUGAGAAGUUUGAAUUUAACAUUGGAUGGCUUCGGGAAAGGCUAGAGACUGUGAAAAAGCCUUUACGUGUCGCACAAUCACGGGUGAAGGCUGCUGGGGAUGAGUUGAAGAAGGCAGAAGCACAGCUGAUUGCAGCAAAGAAUUACUUGCGAGAGAAUGUGUCUGGUGUGCUCUCGCAAUCAGACAUGGAAAUGUGUCUAGAUAUUGGUGAAAAUUUACUACUUGAUGGGUUGUUUUAG